AUGCUACAGGGCAUUGCUGCUUCAGCGCGGUCAAAAGGGAACCACAAACAGAGGAUUUUCUUGACUGUGUCUUUUGGUGGAAUCAAGAUUUAUGAUGAGAGAUCAGGGGUCUUACAGCAUCACCACGCUGUGCAUGAAAUCUCCUACAUUGCCAAAGACACAAGGGACCAUCGUGCCUUCGGCUACGUCUGCGGGGAAAAAGGCAACCAUAAAUUUGUUGCAAUCAAGACCAGCCAUUCGGCAGAGCCAGUCAUACUGGACCUGCGUGACCUUUUCACCCUCGUCUAUGACAUCAAACAGAGGGAGGAGUCACCGAAAAAGGCUGUGAAGGACAAGCACUGCGAACAAGCCGUCUAUCAGACGAUUCUGGAGGAUGAGAUUGAUGAUCCAGUGUAUCAGUACAUUGUAUUUGAAGCCGGACACGAGCCCCUCCGUGGCCACCAAUCAGAGGAGAGCGUUUACCAGGUCCCCACAAGUCAGCAGAAAGACGGGAUCUAUGACGUUCCAAAUCACCAUCUUAUGACUAAUAUAAACCAGUUUGAUCUUUUCGGUGACAUGGCAACCCCCCCAGACAUCCUUUCUAUGCCAGCGUCGCCUGCUACCACACUGGAUCCUGGAGGAAGGCGACAUCAGCACCGUCCCGAACUCUUCACUCAUUUUAGCCCACCGGCUGUGCCCUCAGGCUAUACGACCAUGGGUGCUAUCCAGGCUGCUCACUGGACCCAACGGUCAUUUGCUACCCAAGCCGCUCCAAUGGUCUUCGGGGUUCAGGGACCAUUGCAGGUGGCCCAGAUGCUCCCUGGAGGCCAGCCUGUGAUUUGGGGUCAGGCUAAUCUUUUCCACUCUCCAGCCACGGGCCAGCAGCAAUGGGCGUUUGUACCAGCCCAGACAGUUGGCAUGGGGGCGCAUCCGAUUCCAGCCGCAGUGCUUCAAGGUCUGGUUCCCAUAGCUGCCAUGCGCCCGCACUCCUGUGAACCUCCCGAGACUUCGUCAAACAUAAUGAGCCCUCAGCACUGUGUAGAAUCUACCCUACAGGAAAGUGGAUCUAAGGACGCCCUAAACAAGGACCCCCAGGAGGAAACAAUAGCUGUUCACAUUUACACAAGCAAACAUGACGUUGCACAGUCCUCUGGGAAACAGGAAAUGGACUGUUGUGGUGAGCUUGAUCUUUCACAGUUGAGAUUGACUUCAGAGUCGUCAAUAUCACCAUCCCCAACUGAUUCUUGUGUUACUCCUGGUCUGGAGCAGGAAACCAUGUCCCCAGCAACUGCCCCCUCAAUAGAGCCAUCGCUCCUGACUGCAAAAGACAGCUUAGUCAAUGUGCCAGAAGCUUCGGAGGCAUGUGCUCAGACUCUCAACACUGAUGAGAUACCACCAGAUGCUCAGAUAAACCUUCCAGACUUUUCACAGCUGGCUGUCCAAAGAGAGAUGUCUUCUGGGAAGAAUAAGCCUCAACAUACAGAAGAGCACUGAGAGAAUCCAGAAAUCACAGUGAUACAGAUGGGACCUAAAGCUGUGUGAGCUCUGUGGGACAUUUUACAAACUCUAAUAACUGAUAGAAAAUAAAAUCUAUUUUAAUAAAUGAAGUGCACCUUUAGUCUGCGAUGGACUUGAAAAUUGGCUGUCUACCUGAAGCCACUAUCUAAACUAUUUCAGAAAUGAAAUAUUUUUGUAAAAUAAUAAUAAACCAUCGCAGUAUGAGAAAUUGGACCAGUGAAAUUAAAGUUUAACUGUGAUGGGCAUUUAAUGGACUUGGGGAUUGAUUUCUGUUGUCAUUUCUAAUGGACAA